UGCUGCUUGGCCUGCUGUGUUCAUCCAGCUCCACACUUUGUUAUCUUGGAUUCUCCAGCAUCUGCAAUUCCCAUUAUCUCUGAUCUCUCCAGUCUAUUCUAGUUCAUCCAUCACCUUCACCCGGGGAUGAGUAGGGCUCAUAGAUACGAGCUGUUCUGGCCCACACAUCCCGAAACCAGUCUAUCAAGAAACAAUUUAGUUCCUGCUCGCCAUCCACCGGUUUCUUAAAUAUUUUACGUUACAGCGGACACUGGAAAUCUGAAACAAAAACAGAAAGGCUGGAGAAACCCAGCAGGUCUGGCAGUAUUUGUGGAGAGAGAAACAGAGUUAAGGCUUUGAGUCCAGUGAGUCCUAUUCAAGAGCUUUGCUUUUCUCUCUACGGAGGCUGCAAAACCUGCUGUGUUUCUCCAGUUCUUUAUGUUUUUAACCUAAAUCGUUCGAGUGUUUUUCCGUCUCCACUCUCCCGAUGAUCAGUGGCCGUUAUUGGUUUUGUUUUCGUGUGAGAAGUUAUCCAACCUAAAUUUCCUUUUAAGUGCCUCGAGAUUGUGUCCCUUUGGAAAGGCAGUUGGGUUUCCCAGCACUGACCCACCUCGAGCACGUGGUCUGGCAGUACGAAGACAUUGUCAAAGAAGCUUUGAGCAUUAGAGAAAACAUAGAUGUCGAUGGAGCCUCGCAGCAGAGUGAUAGAUCUGGGCGUUGGAGUUUGAAAGCCUCUGGGACCGUAUUGUCUGACAACGACACCUUGUGAUCUGUAGACGCUGCCGAAAUUGGCCCUUUGCAAAGGCCCUAUGUGUCAGGAACGUUUCAAAGACAGCCUGUGAUUGAAAAAAGCCUCCUGUUUCUAUCCUGUUUAUAUGCAAAAACCAGUUACCACUGACGAAAUUGUCAAGUAUAUCAAAUUACAGAAAGUAACCUAGUGGCUUUUACGUUGCUGGUCGGAACAUUAUUCAAAUCGGGUCUUUGGGUAAAAGGGUUAGUCGAUGGAGAGCCUUGGUGAGCAGAGUGCAGAAUCAAUGUUAUUCUCGUUGUGCUUUUCUCCCAUUGAUUUGUCAGUUUGUUCUUCGGUUUGAUGCGAUUGAGAUCCUAUUGGCUUUUGUUCCUGAUAUGGUUGUUUUAUUAUUCUCCACCGUAUCAUUUCAUUGCAGUAGCUCCUCCUUAAGGGCGGCACGGUGGCUCAGUGGUUCGCACUGCCGCCUCACAGCGCCAGGAACCCGGGUUCCUCUGGGCGCUCCGGUUUCCGUCCAAAGAUAUGUAGCUUAGGUGGGUUAUAGGGGGAUGGGUCUGGGUGAGCUGCUCCAAGGGUCGGUGUGGACUUGUUGGGUCGAAGGGCCUGUUUCCACACUGUAGGGAUUCUAUGAUUCCUUUCCACUCCAAUUGUGUCUGAUUGCCAGUGCUUUCAUGUCUCUGUCACACAGUGUGCAAAGGAGGAUAUUGUAUGGACGUUGCUUUGGAAGGCUGCCUGGUGGUUUGGGAGACCAGUCAUUGAUCACCUGCAGAUCACUGGGCAUGUCCUCCUCUCCAGCCUCUACUGCACUCGAAACCAUUCAAACAGCAACAACUAGAAUUAAAAUAUCCCACGGCACAUCGAAUUUACCUUCUGUUAAUGGACUGGAGGAACAGAGUCGUUGACUAAUCACAGCUAUUAAUCCCCUUCAAUUAGUCCACACAUAAGGUGAGGAAACUGCCAGUGUUGGCGAACGUUGUGAAACAUUAAUCCAGAGACACCUGCUGUUUUCAAGCACUUCAAACCUCAAUUAGCAGAUGCCAGGUUUCAAAUGUCUCAGGCACUGUAAUCCAGAUUACUACUUUCUGAAAGAAAUCUAUCAAAUUUGCAUUUAUUUGAAUGAAAUUGUGGGUCCUCCAACAGUGCUCAGACACUGUAGUCUAACAUGAGCUUGAGCGAACUUUGAGGUAGCGCAGCAUUGCAUCUAUUACAACGGUGUGCAGAACAAACCAGCAGGAGUGCGGUGAUGUAAAUAAAAGCAGGUGCUGGAGCAUGUAGCUCUGAAUUUCAGCAGGGGAUAGAAGUCCACAGAUCAACCUGUGUAACACAGCAUUGUGAAAAAUCAUUGAGCAAAAGGCUGAAAGAGCUUUUCUGGUAGGUAACAGCAACCAGCAUAACACCAAGCCACGUUGACGUGUUCUCAAUUAGGUGGGGCAGUGUUGGACUCGGCCCUCAGCAUUUCUGGGUUUUCGAAGCGAUGGGAAAAUAUUCUGUUGGUCUGUGUUCCCUCCUGUGUGUGAGAGUUUGUGUUUGUGCGUACGUGUGUGUGUUUGUAGUGUGUUUGUGUGUGUGUGUGAGCUUGUGGUGUAUUUGUGCGUGAAUUUGUAGUGUGUGUGUACCUGUGAGUUUGUAGUGUGUGUGUGCGUGAGUUUGUGGAGUGUUUGUGUGUGCGUGAGUUUGUAGUGUGUUUGUGUGUGUGUGUGUGUGUGUGUGUGUGUGUGUGUGUGACUUUGUGUGUGUAUCCAGUGGACAAGGACAGUCUUAGGCUUGUCUGUGACUUCCCGCUGACCUACAUUGUCGAGUCGAGGUUCACUCUUGAAGAAAGGCCAUUGAGCAAACUCUUGGAGGAUACCCACGGAACUGUACCUCAGCAUCCUGAGUUAGUCCCUUCCUGAGGGUCGGCGGAAAACUGGAAUAAGGUAAAGGACUAUUCAAAAAUAAAAUCUUCCAAAAUGCUGAAAGUGUUAAUUAAGCUGAUGAAAUUGCUUGCUGGUUGAUGAAUUUCUGUGCUGAAUUUCCAAAACCCUCGGCGAACCUAGCUGACGCAAAGAAUAAAAAUGUGUCAUGUCCUUAGAGAUUGUAAGUGAAGUGGAGAAAGAGAGACAGAUGGAGGGGCUCCAGCUCACGCCACGGCACCUCAGCUGAUUGGCUCCGUUUUAUGUUUGCAUGCAAGGAUGAAUGUCUGUGGGACCGAACAGGACCUAACCCGAAGCUCAUGUGGCGCGGUGGGCGACACGGAGGAUCUGCAGGCGAUGGCUGUGCGCAGUCUGUCGGCGUCAGACAUGCAUAAACAUUACGAUUUCAUCCGAGAGCUAGGCAAGGGGACGUACGGCAGGGUGGAGCUCGUUAUCCACAAAAACGCAGGAACCAAAAUGGCUUUAAAGUUUUUGAAUAAAAACAAAACAAAGCUGAAGAAUUUUUUGAAAGAGUACAGCAUCACUAACAAUCUCUCCUCCAACCCCUUCAUCAUCAAGGUCUUUGACAUUGUCUUUGAGACUGAAGAUUGCUAUGUGUUUGGUCAGGAGUAUGCUCCAGGUGGCGAUUUGUUUGACAUCAUCCCUCCCCAGGUGGGUCUACCUGAGGACAACGUGAAACGCUGUGUGCAGCAGUUGGGUUUAGCUAUUGACUACAUGCACAGUAAGAGUCUGGUUCACCGGGAUAUAAAGCCAGAAAAUGUCCUCCUUUUUGACAAGGAGUGCAGACGGGUGAAGCUGUCCGAUUUCGGGAUGACACGCAAAGUUGGCUGCAGAGUGAAGCGCAUCAGUGGGACCAUCCCAUACACAGCUCCAGAGAUCUGUCAAGCCAACAGGACUGAAGGCUUUUUAGUUGACUGCAGCAUUGAUGUCUGGGCUUUUGGUGUUCUAAUCUUCUGCAUGUUGACUGGGAACUUUCCUUGGGAGGCUGCCAUGCCAUCUGACACAUUCUAUGAGGAAUUUGUGCGGUGGCAGAGGGGCCGGCUGAAUGGGUUUCCCUCACAGUGGAAAAGGUUCACAGAUGGAGCACUACGAAUGUUUCAGAGGCUGCUGGCUGUUGAUCCAGAGAAAAGAUGUUCGGUCAAGGAAGUGUUUUAUUUUCUGAAGUGUGACUUGAUGGUAGAAUUGAGGAGGAGGGCUUCUUAUCGAUGUAGAACGCAUUUGUCUGAUAAGCCGGCGCACAAACACGAGGGAUCCAGCCCCAGCAUGCCCACUCCACUGAGAAGAAGCCUCCUGUCAGAAACAGCAAGUUCCAGAUUCACGUCCACAUCCACAGAGUCAAGUUCACACCCAUCCGCAAGCAGGAUGGAGGGAAGACAGGACAAGGGCAAAGGUCGCAUGAUUGUUGCUACGGCGAUUGAAAUUUGUGUUUAAUUUUCCAACCCUCUUCUAGGUGUACACUGUUAUGAGGAGCGGAGGGGAGAGGAGCGUGGUGUGCUAUGAUUUUCAAUCUUUGGACCCUUCAGCUCUGGCAAUGAAAUCUUACCCCAUGCUCUAGAAUAGAUAUUAGAUGGGUUCAUUGUGCAGAAAGUCCCUCCUCCCUUGCUCAGUGAUAAAGUUUACAAACUGUUUCAAAGGUGCAAACUACUUUUGGGAGAGGGGAGAAUUCAGUUAGGUGCAGGUCCUUGAUCUCUGGAAACUGUGUUUAUGUUCAGCCCAGAGUAAUAGUGUAAAAAUGUCCUGUCUUGUGGCUUCAAAGGUCCUAAAUGAAAUAAGUUCAUUGAGACUCAAUUUAAUUCCUAGUUGUCACAGACUUACAGGACAAAAUCGUCCAUAAAUUAGCACUGUAUGUCAUAAAACUAAUUACUUGUUUACUACAUCUGAGGCCAUUGUCCACGUGAGUUGUGAGGUGAAUUUUUUAUGAAGGAUUUUCACAGCCAAGCUUGAUUCUGUUCUUGAUAUGUGUGUGCAUGGGCUUGCUGAUUGAGCAUAAUGAUGCUCAAUAGCGUUGAUCUGUCAUUCAGCAUAGAUUUGGUAUGAGCUGGUUUAUGUGUCUCAGUUCCACACUGGGCUUGCCUACUAGGCCUUCAGAGGGAGCUCUUAAUGUUUAAAACACAGCACAUUAGUAAUACCUGAGCAGUAGUUUAUUGACUUAAAGAAAAAGCAAAACAUUUGGCACAAGAGGCCUAGCUAUUUUAAUUGUUCAGACAUGUUAUGAUGCACCUCCAGCACAGGUAGAACUUGUACCCACACCUGCUCAGAAGAAGGGAUACCACAAUGGUAUCAAAAGAGCCCAACGCUAGUGUUAAUGCUUCUCACAAGCCUCCCUACUCAGCUUUUCAUCUCAUCCAAUAAACAUAUCUUCUAUUUCUUUCUUCCUCAUGUACUUAUAAAAAGUUGACAAUAAUUCCAUCUUCUGUUGUAAUAGGCAACUGUUACACCUAUUAUUACAGGAAGAAACCACUGGUUCCAAUAUUAAGAAUUAAUCUAUUUUUUGGGACAUUACAAAUCAUUGAAGAUUUGUAAAACAUAUGGAGAUGUUCUGGUUAUAGCAUCUCUGGAAUUUCCAAAAGAUAUUACUUUGCAGAUUAGAUUGUAAUCUCUUGGCAAGACCAAGGCAUCACCUUUGUUACUUGAAUAUAGGAUUUCAGUGUUGACCGUGAGGUAUCAUAACUCCAUAACUACCUCUUUACUUGAUUUUCUAAUUCUGUAAGUGUGUUUCAGGAAACUGAUCAUGAUUAAAUGGGAGCAGUUCCUUGGGAUUAUAUGUGUUUUUAGAUGGUUUCAACUCCUACCUCCUUAAGAGUCAUCAUGUACGAACACAGCUUUGCUGAUUCAUUAGUCUUCAGCAACAUCUGCCCAUUGGUCCAUUUAUGCACCCAAAUGCUUUUCUUUUGCCCCUGCAGUAUGUAGUUAGUGAGGUUGCCUUUAUCCUUGGGUUCUCCCUUUAAUUGUAAAGACUUCAUUUUGCUUCUAAAAUAGAGUAUUAUAUUCUGUUGGCAAUAAUAUGAAGCCCCACGUCUUUAUUAGAAUAUCUGCAAGCCUUUAAGAAUUUCAAUCAUACUUGCAUAUGGUUUGCCCAGGAUCACUAUAUCAUCUAUAAAAAUAUUAAUGAUUAAUAAAAAAAUAAUAUUGUUCAGUUUCAUCUUCACUCUUCUAAUUUCCCGUCCAGUGAGCAUGUCAAAGGGUCCAACAUCAUUUGAUAAAUAAUAGCUGUAGUGGAUUGUGUUGCUUGACAUUCUUCUUUAUGUGAAUGGAGUCACUUUUGAUUUUGUUCCUGUCUAUAACUGUAGUUUUGUCCAGUUUUCAACUACUUCAUUUAAUCCUUUUUGCACUCUCUUGAAAUCAGUACUGUUUUAUUUAAAAUCAUGGUGACUGAUUUGGGCUAGAGAGUGUGGUUUUAUCCUCUCUGUUUAAGUUUUCAGCUAACUAACCUUCAUAUACCAUCUGGUCAAACAGAACUCAUCAACUUUAUGCCUUUCAGCACUGUUUCAGUUCCUUUCUACUUGUGCCCAUCAGUUUGAUAUAUGAGCAAUGUAAACAAUGGCUCUCUUGAUUAUAAUCCUAUCAUUUGAUGUACUUAGCUUUGUUGAUAAUAGGAAUUGAAAAAUUGCUUGAUAAUAGGAAAUUUUGAUGUGGUUAGAUAAUCUUCUUAUGACAUUUUGGUAUAAUGUCAUAAUAAUUUUUAAGUGUCCUUUUCAGCAACCCAUCUCUUUCUUGCACUGGAUUUGAGUGCUGUACCAAUUAUGACACUUUUUGUUAUGACCAGUCUUCUCCUGUGGUACUUGCCAGGUUUUAUUUUGAAAUUCCCUAGCACUGUAAUGCCCUUGAUUAAAUCUAUCAUGGGGGCUGCAGAUUCCUCCUUUUACUUGUGUCAGAUGGUCAUCAAGAUCUGUCUUGGUCAGUUUAUUACUUCAACGUAAUGUGUAAUUUGAGUGUGAUCAGUGUCAGCGUGGAAGAAGGCAUUCAUCCAAAAUCUACUUACUAGUUUUAGAUUUCUGUAUGUGGAAUUUUUCUGAUUUAUGUCACAGCUCCCUUGGAACUGCUAUUCUAAUUAAAUCAGAAGAGCGAUUUCCUCUUCUAACAAUUGAAUUAUUAUUGGAUUUUUUGUUUCUAAGGCAAUUGUUUCUUGUGCCUCAGUGCAGUGUGUUGAUCUUUUGCAUGCUGUCUGAAUCCUGAAUGGAAAUUUUUGUUCAUGUUUUCACAGGGGAAAGCCACCUUUGUGUAUGGACAGCCCUCUGCCUUUAUAUUUGGUGAAAUGGUAGGCUAUCAAAUGAUCACUGUUCCUAUUGCUUUUGGUUCAGCUUUAAAUGUUUUAAUUUGAUGCCUUUUUUCAAGGUGCAGUGAGACCAUACCAAUACUUUGGUACAUUUCUUUGCACUUGUGAUGGGUUGUGAAUCCUAGUAUCUACUGCAUGGUUUAGUUGCACUUGGGGUCUAUUUUGUUACCUGCAUAACAGGCGUUUUUGAUUGAUGUUCUAGAGUCCAUUGUGGUAUUGUCUGUCACCAUUUCAGGCCUCAAGAUUUCGUUCAGGCUUUCAAGCUUGCAUCCUCCACCUCACUCUCAUUUGUUAUGCCACCUACUGUCUCUCCAAUGACUGUGGAUCUAACAGCUGGAUCAGGUGCCUUUGGGGCAGUUUGUAUAAUUUUACUGAUUUCACAUCUUCUUCACAUGUCCCGUGGAAGAGGAGAUUGCUAAUCUAGCAGGCUGGAUCUAAUAAUUUGUGUUUUAUGCAGUUUUCUGCUUGCUAUAACUAGUGCACUUAAUAGGAUGUUAUUAUUUGAGAUGCACUUUCAGCUGUGGGAUUGACAUAAUAGAAUCAUCCGUGCAUUUUGCUGUAACAUAGGUUGCCACACAUUGUGGGGGUAGUGAUCUAUGUAGAUCACCAUCCAUGCUGUAUCCUUUGAAAGUCAUUUUAACUAAUAAACAAUUAUUGUCAUAAGCUGGAUCAUAGGGAGGCACCACUCACUGUAGUUGGUGAGAACUUGGAGGAUGAUUGCAGAUUUUAUUACUAUCUAGACUGAUCCCAUUUAAGAGAGCCUGCAGUCCCUCAAUCUUGUCUCAUUUGUAAGGACACACUUCUUUUGAAUGGUUUAGAGGAAUAUUCCCUUCACGUACUAAUUUUACAAUUCAUGUGGACAUGGUCUUCUUUUUUUAUCUCUCCUCUAACCACAUCUCCACUGAAUGUAUUAUGAAUACUUCCUCUUCUGAAAAAUAGUGCACAAUCCUGAAAUCUUUGUGUGUGAAAGAAAUACUUACAUUUAUGUAGCACCUUUCAAAACCACCAGGCAUGUCAAAUGCUUUAUAGACAGUGAAGUACUUUUGAAGUGCAGUCACUUUUACUGUAGGAAAUGCAAUAGCAAUUUUUACACCGCAAGUUCUCUCAACAGCAAUGUGAUUAAGACCGGAAAAUCUGUUUUAUCCACUAUGUUGAUUGAGGCAUAAAGUUGGUCAGAAACCAGGGAAAACUGCCCUAUUUUUCUUCAAAAUAGUACCAUAGGCUAUUUUACAUUCAUUCAGGUAGGUAGACUGGGCUCUAGCUCGAUGUCUGAUCCAAAAGAUGACACCUCUGAUGGCGCAGCAGUCCUUCAAUGUUGCAUUGGAGUUUCAGCCUUGAAUUUAGUGUUUAAAGCUGGAGCAGGAUUUGAGUCUAGAACCUGUGACUUAGAGAAUGCUGCCUAAAGAGCUAUAUAUAUAUAUGCUGGUGGUUAGUUUAUUGGCUCAUUUAUCAAUACCAGACUUUUCCCAAUUACAUUUUUGGUUUUCAAGUUUGCUAUUUUACCUAAAAUUAAAUGAAAAACUGUCGAUAGUAAAGAUCUGAAAAACACACAGAAAUUGCUGCUAAAACACAUCAGGUCCAGCAACUUCUGUGGGACGAAAGCAGAAUUGACGUUUCAAGUCUGGUGACUCUUCAUCAGAACCCAGUCACCAGGCUUGAAAUUUUAACUCUGCUUUCUUUCCACAGAUGCUGCCAGACAUAUUGAGUUUCACCAGCAAUUUCUGAUUCUGUUUGGCAUUUUUCGACUUCAGUAUGAAACAAUGAAAAAUUAACUGAUGAAAGAAAAGAACACAUCUAUACAAUAAACAGGCUCGUGUGCAGCAUCUCUACCACUGCCACCCCCAAUCUGAUGAGAACUGGUAAUGUUCCUGCCAGUCACCACCAGAGUCAAACAGGUGACAGAACCGACCAUCAAUGGGCAGUAAUCAGAUACUGACAAUGUACAAACACACCAUCUUCACAUUUCCAAAGAAAAGGCACUUACAAAGUGAAUCAAAUUAAAUGUCCUCACCAUGGAAGCAUCACUCACAUGCUCAAAUUCAAUGUAAACUAAGAUUGCCCCUUCCCCCACUCCAAGUAAUAAUGUGUUGCUACUAUUUAACUGGGGAAUAGAGUAAUUAACUUUUCAUUUUCUCUCACCACCUGCUUCUUAUUCACCACCAUAGUUGCUAACUCUAAGACAGUAUCUGGAGGAAUGGGAUUGCCACUGAGCAUCAGGGCCAUAUUGCCAUGUAUUGAAAGAAUGGAAUUAGGAUAAAGAUAGAAGGCUGAUCAGACAGGGGACUGGAAAUAGGAAAAAUGCCAAGAAACGAUAGGCAGAGCCUUAAGCUCAGGGCUAGUCCUGUUGUCCAAGAGAAAGGUAAAACUUUAAUAAUGAAAUUGGCUGAGUGGAUCAUAACAAUUAAUUCUAGUCUGCAAGAUAUGUUUCAAUAUCAGUAAGACAGCUCAUAAAUAACAUUCUAUUACUAACUCAUUAUUACUUGAGGUUGAUGUUUAAUAUUUUCAAUUAAUUACAUAGAUUGUUAACGAUCAUCACUGCAACUUCCAUAAUGUGUAGCAGUGGAUAUGUGACGCUUUCCUACUGUGGCCAUUUGGGCUGUGAAAACCCCAGCAGUAAAUAGACAUGCACAAUAGUUACAAUGUGGAAUCAAUCAAAUAGGCACUUACCCUUCACAUAAACACUGUAGUUUGUGCCAUUCCAAAGUCAAGAAAAUGUUUUGAGCUACUUAACAUUGGGUUGCAGUACAAGUUUGUUACUGGCAGUGGCCCUGAUUGAAGUGGUAAAUUGAAAAACAUGUGAGAAACAUAUCCAAGAUUCAAGUGAUUUGGGAGCUUAUUUUCGACAAAACGGUAAAUUUAACCAAGUUAUUUGCAAUUUUUGCACUUUUAGAAUAUGACAGAAAUUUGGAUUUGGAGGCCAAUAGUUCCUCCAGGAUUUUCUGUCGUGGAAAGGAAUGUACAGAAAAUCUACCCUAUCUUACAUCCUGACAUGUACUCCCUCACCACUAAAUCAUUAGAUUAUGAAGAAGAAUUUGUAAACUUUUUCUCACAUUGUAGCAGUACCGAUAUGUCAACUAGGCCAAGUGACACAAUUGAUUAUUAAUAGUAAGAAUUAGUAUCAAUAGUAUCAAUAAUACAUGACAUGCAAGAUAUCAACAUCAAUUGGAAGCGUUAAACCUUCACCUUGGGACAUGUCUGCUAGAAGGCUCAUUAUUAACAAUGGUUGGUAUAAGAAAGUACUACCAGCAAGUUUUUUCCUGAUAUUUUGGAAAUUAUCCAAUAAAACAGCUGAAUCAAAUUAAAGGAAUGUUUCAAGUUAAAUUCCUGAUCUGCACCUAGCCAGGUGGUACACUACGGUUCAGCCUCAGUGCCCCAAGAUAGAAAGACUGGCAAGGGCUCUUGCUCCCAACUGUUCCAGUAUUGCAUGGAUAACUGCCUGACAGUGAACUAAUAAAUCCUGCUGUAGUUCAUGCAUUAGAAAUGACCACUGGAUUUGAAAGUUGACACUUUCAAGCAUAGCAGAAUAUUGAGCACAUAAAAAUGUACAGGCACUGGCUGAGGUCUGAAAGCUGGUUAUAUUUCUGUACUUAAUGUGAAUUCUGAUUAAGUGGGAGCUUUGAGGAUCCUUGCAGAGAAAACAUCACUGCUGAGGGGCAACUUGUGAUUUCUUUGUUUUUCUUCCCAGGAAGCCCCCUACUGUACUUAAUGCUUGAUCCCACUAUAAUCAAAUGAUGAAAUCAGGUAAGAUGCCAGCCUGACUGUCCAGCUGAUUAUGUUUAAGGACAUGGCCUCUGUCUAAGUUGGUCUCUUACUAGCGCAUGAAGUUUAAUGAACUUCAUUUAAUGUGGAAAUAUUAAAACAUGUUUUUAAUAAGAGUAAUACUUCUUCUAAUAGUGUUGUAGAAAUUGUAAACUUGACAGUAUAUUAGUCAUUCUUACAAGUAUGAUAUUUGAAGCACAUUUUAAAGGAGGUGAAGUGCUGCAAAGAUUAACUGUGGUUUGGUUGCCUAGUUGCAUGUUGUAGAGUUGGAGGUUGAAUGGCCCAUUGGUUUGAUUCACCCUGAGGAAUCUGGUCACAGCAACCCAGGCAGAAUACAUUAUGACAGACUAUUGUACACACAGCAUUGUGGUUUGCUUGGUCUGCAACACUGGAAAAGAGUGGACAGAGAAUAAUUUUAAAUACAGCACUGUGUGUAGAAAGGCCUAGAACUACUAGUGCUGCUGCUAAGGACAGUAGUCCUUUAAAAGUUACAUGUGUAUGAUAUGCAAUAAUUUUAGGAGUAGAGCUACGGUAGAUCUAUAUAUACGUAUAAACAUAAAUGAUGCUCUUUUACCUCAGUCUGUGAUAGGCACAUACCUCAAUCUCAUUGUAGUAGGCAAUGAAAAUAACAACAUAAAAACUGAACUAUAAAUUUUGUGGGAAGUAAUUUAAUUCUUGGCCUGUUCUGCCAAGACAGCUUUGAAAUGGAUUAGCCCUCCCAAAACUGACUCUUCCAUGGGAUCAAAUAAAUUAUAAGACAAAAGUAACCUCCUUUCCUGUGAUGUAAAGCCAGUUUCCCUCAUCAUUCUAUUGUGGCUUAUUUGUUUUUACCAGUGACGGUCCCAUGCCAUCCUCUCUUCGUUCACUGACCCCAUUGUAACCUUCUAAAAAAAAUUACUGUGGAUGAGGGAAAUUGGAAAUAAAAACAUAAAGUCGUGGCAACAUUCAGCAGUGUGGCAACAUCUGUGGAGAAAGAAAGUUAAUCUUUUGGUUCUGAGGAUACGUCACAGAGUUUACACGUUAAUUCUGUUUUUCUCACUCUACCAGACUGCUAUGCUGCUAGACCCACUGAAUAUAUCUAUUGUAACCUUAGUCUGGUAUGGCAGGGCUUUAAAACAUUUAUUAUCCACCCGCUUUCAUCAGUUCCAUUACAAAGGAUUUCAACUGUUCUUCACUUGUCCUGAAAGAUUGUGAUGGAACAUUGUAGAGGGAGUGUUCCUCCUCUGUCUGUAUUUAACCCAUGCUGUACUUGGCUUGGAGGUUCACGGUGUUGACAGUGGUUGUCUGAAGUGGGCAAGUAUUUGAUUCGCCAAUACUCACUUCUCUCAUCGUCAGCGUAAAAUAAUCUAGAUUUUGAUACUGCAUUUGAUUGGCAUGUGGAUUUUAGUUAUUCAAUCAUCUUGUGCUGAUCUUCAGGGUUCCAAUUGGUUGAAGGAAUUUUCAGUUUGGUAAAGUGUGUGUAAAGUCAAUACUGUCUUUGGCAAACCAAUAUGAAUCUUGAUUUCAGGAUCCCAUUCCUUUUCUUUUCUCUUUCUGAGUCGUCAUCCCAGGCUAAGACCGGACCCUUGUAAACACUUAAGUCUGUGGGGGUUGCUGAAAGGAUGUUCUAUUAAUCAAAUCACAAUUCCACCUAGGGGUGACCUCUUGUCAGCCCCCUUCUGGUUGGAAUUUCAUGUGUCAUAACCAUCUGCCAGAGUGGGUGGUGAUGAGGGCUUACAUCUACUCAUAUAUUAUUCAUGCCAAUAAUUUGUAAUUGCUAAACAGGGUUAAAUAUUGCUUUCAAAGGCCCUUUGUUGGUGAAAAUAGCAACAGAUAGAAAUGUUGAAUCAGGCAUAUUGAACAAUCUACUGAUUAGCACCAGGUUUGUUCCACAUGCUGUGCACUGCCAUUUGAAAAGUAUAUGCAUAAUAUUGGUUGUUAAUCCCCUAAAUAUGUAACUAAAGGCCCCAACUCCCUUUAACACCUCUAGGUAUGUAUGUGCUUUGUAGGUAAUGUGCACACAUCGAUAUCUACCCUAAGUGAGGCUGUUGCCUUUGCAUAGUAGCACUUGUCAUUGAUGUUGAUAGCUCCCUAGCUGAACAUGAAGUGGUGAGCAAGUGCUAUUCUGAAGAUUGUUGACGCAAUAUUAAGCAUAUACAAUCAUAUGUAGAAUUUGAAUCAUUGAUGAGUUAUCCUGAGGGUGUAAUGUGGCCAAUGAUCUGCUCUCAGUACUGUUGGCAAUGAUUCUUCUGCGCUGUAGAAUUUCUCCAUGUUUCUAACCAAAUAGAAUAAAACAUUCAAUUUGAAAUAAA